UGGUUAAAACAAUGACACAAAGACUCCAUGACUACUGUAACAUUUGAAAAUGACAUGAAAGCUCGUGAUGAUUUAACUCCUUGCCACACACACGAAGGACUUUGCUCCUCUUGUGUGACAGCGACCAGGCACCAAAGGUUCAGCCAACACAAUGCUUUUCUCAUCAUGUCACCUCUUCUACAUUGAUUUAAUCCUGAUUAGCUGUGAUUCACUCAGCGUGUGGAGCUAUAAAAGCCACGGUCUCCCUGACAGAAGGCACCACUGAGUCCAAGAACCCUAGGAGUUGAGGUUGAUCUUCUUAAACUGCAGCCAUGAAGUUCUCUAUUGUUGCCGCCCUUGUGGUUCUGCUGGCUGUCGCCCAUGGCUCUGAGGCCAAGUCUGUGGUGAGGCGUGAUGUUCAGGCUGACAUGGAGAAGAUGGUGAAGCUCAUCAAAGACAUGUCUGCCAGCAUCACCACUGCGACCCAGGACAUGGUGGAGAAGGUUCAGGCUAUGGAGCUGGCCAACACUGCCCAGACAUACGUUGAGGACAGCAGGACCAAGAUCCAGCCCCUGGUGGACCAGGUUCAGGCUGAGGCUACCAAGCUGCAGGAGCAGGUCAAGCCCUUCAUCACCAACAUCGAUGACCACAUCAAGCCCAUAACUGACAACUUCAACGCCCAGGUCAAGCCCCUGACUGACAAUUUCUACACCCAGGUCAAACCUCUGACCAACCUGAUGGAGAAGUUCUUCCAGCAGGUGGCAGAGCAGGCCAAGGCCCUGCUGCCACCUCAGUAAAUUAAUUUGUUCCGUUCAGAAAUCAACCCCUUUAACCAUGUUUGUCUGUUACGCUGUGUCAUCUCAACAUCAUCAGUAUUAUUAAAGGUGUUCUAACUAAC